CGAGGAGUCAACAAUCCGCCUCGGAGACACCCUUCAGGCAUUGUCUAGUCAAAUCAGUGAUGUCGCAUGGCAAGUAUAGUCUUGUCGGAGCCACCUGGGUUGAAAAAGUAGGAUCGUACUGUGAAGAAGGAUUGUUGAUACAUCUCAAAGUCCAUGCCCACUUGUGGUGUGACUUCCCAACGAACAUGACAAGGUACUUCUGUUAUCGACCUACGGAAUUGCUUAGCAAAGAUAUUUUACAACAGCAGACAGUACCCAUUUCGUAGGCGCAGAAUGUCCCUGAUAGCAGGCGAGGCGGAGAGAGUACGGAUUCUACCCCAAGCAGCGACUUGGUGGCUUGAUCCGGGUGUGUCAUAGUCGGAGCAAAAGCCAGCUGAUGGAGUUAUAGACCCCUGAAUCU